AUGCCGAUGGCAAUACCAAAAGAGCUGACUGAUAUCACCCACAGGAACCGCGCACUUUCAAUCCGCUCUCGCCGAGACCGCGAACCCGCCAGCGGCCGGCACAAGUUCAGCAUCUCCACUUUCCGGGGCAUCCAGGCGCCAGAGCUCAGCCGCAAACUGACCCGACUGAUCAAGAGCGAGAACAACGCGAUCGGCGCAUACGAAGCAGCCGGUCGUGAACGUAGCUCCAUCGCCGCCCAACUGUCCGACUGGGGCGAGUCCACUGAGGACGAUGCCAUUUCCGACAUCUCCGACAAGCUCGGCGUCAUGCUGGCCGAGAUUGGCGAACAGGAAGACCUGUAUGCGCAGAACCUCGAAGAUUCUCGCGGUAUGCUGAAGCACAUUCGCAAUAUGGAAGCUUCGGUGCAGCCGUCGCGGGACCAGCGCCAGAAGGUCACGGAUGAGAUUGCCAAGCUCAAGUACAAGGAUCCCAAUAGCACCCGUCUGACUACGCUGGAGCAUGAGCUGGUGCGAGCUGAGGCGCAGAACUUGGUUGCUGAGGCGCAGUUGUCGAACACCACUCGAACAAAACUCAAGGAGGCAUAUGACAUCCAAUUGGCUGCAACUAUCGAGCGCGCAGAGAAGCAGAUCAUCCUGGCUCGCCACGCUCGCCGCCUGCUCAACUUCAUCGAUGACAGCCCCGUUGUCCCAGGCGACACUCGCACCGCCUAUGACCACGAACUCCAUGCCCGCCAGGUUCUCGAGGAUGCCGAGACUGACCUUCGUGCUUGGGAGCCCACCAUCGAGCCCAUCACCUCCGCGGCCAACGUUGCCACCGGCACCUCCGACCAAGAGGCGGAGAGCUUGGUCAACGCUACUGGUGCGGUCGGUACCAGCGGCGACUCCAUGGCCAACGAUCUUCCAUCCGCCUCGAAGCAGCAGGAAGAGCCUCAGACGGAGAAGUCGGAGGCCGAGCCUGUCCCGUAUUAG